AAAAAAAAGAGAGAUAGAAGAUGGCGAGCUUUAAAGUGGGUUCCAAAUCUGAAGUCUUUCAUCUAAGUGGUCACACAUGGCUUUGCUCAACUGGUCUUAAACCUGAUGUUAUGAUCCAAGUACAAGACCAAACCUUCCAUCUGCAUAAGUUUCCGUUGCUGUCAAGAAGUGGAUACCUAGAAACUCUCUUCAGCAAAGCCUCUGAGUCAACUUGUGUUGCUCAGCUUCAUGACAUUCCCGGUGGACCAGACACAUUCUUGCUCGUGGCAAAGUUCUGUUACGGUGCAAGAAUUGAGAUCACAGCUGAAAACGUAGUGAGUCUCAGAUGUGCAGCAGAGUAUCUCCAAAUGAGUGAAAACUACGGAGAUGCAAAUCUCAUUUACCUCACAGAGAGUUUCCUCAACGACAACGUUUUCACAAACUGGGAUGAUUCAAUCAAAGCCUUGGAGAGUUGUGAACACAAACUAAUACCUCUAGCUGAAGAGCUUCACAUUGUCACUAGGUGCAUUUCUUCUUUAGCCAUCAAGGCUUCUUAUGCAGAGGAUGCUACUACAUCGUGGAACGGUAUACAAACUAAGUCCACGAGCGGGAACUGGUGGUUCAACGAUGUGUCUUCAUCCCUCGAUAUCUCAAUGUACAAAAGAUUCAUCAAAACUAUUGAAUCCAGAGGCGUGAAAGCGGGUAUAAUAGCAGCAUCUGUCACGCAUUACGCGAAACGGAGCCUUCCUUUACUUGGUAGUUCUAGGCACUGUGGUUCUUCAUAUUCAGAGGAAGGGACUAAUCAUGGUGAUGAUGGCAUUUACUACUCUCAUGAAGACCAAAGAAGUCUCCUAGAAGAGAUAGUGAAGCUACUACCGAGCGAAAAAUGUGUUACAUCGAUAAGAUUCUUGCUCAGGCUUCUUAGAACAUCCAUGGUUCUGCGAGCUAGUGCGGUUACUCAGGAGAAUCUUGAGAGAAAAAUCGGUGUGCAGCUAGAUGAAGCUGCUCUAGAGGAUGUGCUUAUACCAAACAUGGGAAACUCAGCCGAAACACUCUAUGAUAUUGACUCCUUCCAGAGGAUUCUUGAUCACUUCAUGUUAACAUGUGAUUCUUCUUGUUACAAUAACGUUGGGGAGAAACAAAUAAUGGUGGAUGAUCAUUCUCUUAUGCCUAUCACAAAGGUUGCUAGUCUGAUAGAUGGCUACUUAGCAGAGGUGGCUUCUGAUGAGAACUUGAAACUAUCAAAAUUUCAAGCACUUGGUGCUUUAGUCCCUGAAGAUGUGAGGCCAAUGGAUGAUGGUAUCUAUCGUGCAAUUGAUAUAUACAUCAAGGCUCAUCCAUGGCUAACCAAGUCAGAGAGAGAGCAACUGUGUAUGCUGAUGAACUGCCAGAAACUAUCAUUGGAGGCAUCCUCACACGCAGCACAAAACGAGCGUCUACCUUUGCGAGUCAUAGUACAAGUCUUGUUCAUUGAACAGAUGCGGCUUCGGACAUCUAUAUCAGGAUGGUUCUUUGACACGGACAGCAACAAUGACGACACAAGCGGCAAGAGUCAUACACUAGAGGGAGACAGCGGAAAUGCAAAUAUGGUGAUGAAUGAGACGAUGAAGGAACGUGUUUACGAGCUUGAGAAAGAAUGUACGAGCAUGAAGCAAGAUCUUGACAAGCUUGUCAAGACAAAAGAAGGGCGUAGCUUCUUCUCUAAGUUAUUCGGAUUGAGGUCUAAAACUAAGACUUCACCAGGAGAUGAAGACGGUGUAAGGAAAGAGUAACAACUAGUAACGAGAGUUGCAUGGUCAAUAGAGA